GCAGAAGCUGAAUGAGAGGGACACAGCUCGGAGGUUAGUCAAAGGAAAUCAAGUCUCUCCAUCUCGUGCAGUAGACCGGGACUCGUGCAGCAUUUCCAGCUCUGCCUGUGCGUAUGGCUUCUGCUGUAUGAUAUUUGUAUGAUAAAGCACUGAAGUGGAGAUAACGGGUGAGAAACAUGAACGCGCUGCGCGUUAUAGUGCCGCUGUUUAUUCUCUUCACCGCGACGACGCAAGCAGCCAAUGUUGUUGAUGUCUUGCGGAUACUGGAUCUGUCUGAAGACAUGGAGGGCGUGUCGAUAGAAGCCGGCUUGUGUACUCAAAGAAAUGAUACAGGAGAGACAGACGUGGCUUACAGGAUAAACAAAAAGAUUCAACUCAGUGCCCCAACCAAACAGCUCUUUCCAGAUUCAGAGUUCCCGGAGAACUUCUCUCUGAUGACCACGGUGAAGGCUAAGAAGAAUUCGCAGUUCUUCCUGCUGUCACUGUAUGAUGAGCAGGGAGUUCAGCAGCUGGGUCUGGAGAUGGGAAGAUCACCUGUAUUCCUCUAUGAGGAUCACGAAGGCCAACCAUCUCCAGAGCUUUACCCCCUUUUUAAGAAGAUUAACCUGGCUGAUGGAAAAUGGCAUCGGAUAGCCUACAGCGUGGAGGACAAGUCUGUAACAUUAUAUCUGGAUUGUAAUAAAGUGCAGACCCUGGAGUUGAUGCGAGGUGACGCACCUGUCGUCAGCACGAAAGGAGUCGUUGUGUUUGGGACUCGAUUGCUAGAUGAGGAAGUAUUUGAGGGUGAAAUCCAGCAGCUACUGUUUGUGGAUGAUCCUCAGACUGCAGCUGACUAUUGCCAACACUAUAUUCCUGAUUGUGACAGUCCACUGCCAUACAAAACCCAGAGUCUGGAGCCUGAAGAGGCCAAUCCUAUUCAUAACCUUGAUGGCGUCAUACAAAGCGACGAGCCUGAGGAACCAAAGAAACGCUCCAAAAAGAAGGGAAAGGGCAAAAAGAACAAGAAAAAGAGGGACAAAUCUUCUAAGAAAGGGGGCAAAAAGGAAUCCCGCAAGAAGAAGACCCAGUCCGAACCACUUGAAGAAGGUUUCCUCGAGGUGUCUUCUAAACUGCCCGAGUACUUGGCCCAGGAAAGUAAACGUGAAGUCUUAACAGCUACAUCAGAGACGCCCACUGCACCUGCAACGGAUCAGCCCAAAGCAUCAGUAGAAACUCCAGUAAUAACCGUCGAUCAGAUGGACUCCAUUCCCGACAUGCCCACACAUGAACCAGACACCUAUGAGGAGCAACACACCGGACUGCCCAUUACAGUGCCUGAGUCAAAUCUUGAAGAAUUUUCUGUAUCACCUCCUGCACUUCCCGAGUACCCAAAGAUGGAGGUGGAGGAUGAGAGGCCAAUUAAAACGCCGGAGGUCGAGGAGUUUAGCGAUGACCUUUACAGCGAUCAACGCGAUGAACUGUCGCUCUCCACGGUGACGGUCGUCCACAAUAUCACGGAUUAUGAGACCUUUGAGUACGAUGAUUUUAAAAAUGACUCGGACAGCACUGAACGGGAAUAUGAGGAGUACGAGGUUUACGAGGACCGUUUUGGUCCUGCACAGAGAGAGAGGGCCAUUACAUGGGAUGGAGAGGGUAGAAGAUUUGAAAAGGGACAGAAGGGCGAGCCAGCUGUUGUUGAACCAGGCACAUAUUUUUACGGACCUACUGGCCCACCAGGACCAACAGGCCUUCCUGGCAUUCCUGGCAUCACAGGGCCCCCAGGACCCAGCGGAGACCCCGGUGACAUGGGUCCUCAGGGACGUGCAGGCCUGCCUGGUGCUGAUGGGAUACCAGGUCCUCCCGGCACAUUGCUGAUGUUACCCUUUCAGUAUGGAGGAGACUCUCAGAAGGGUCCCGUGGUGUCUGCUCAUGAGGCGCAAGCUCAAGCCAUUUUACAACAGACCAAACUAUCAUUGAUGGGUCCUACGGGUCCAUUAGGUCUCACCGGGAGACCCGGCCCAAUGGGUCUUCCAGGUCCCACUGGGCAAAAAGGUGACAGUGGAGAAAGUGGGCCUCCGGGUUCACGUGGGUUGCCAGGCCCUCCAGGUCCUAAUGGGAGAACAGGAAAGAUGGGUCGGUCAGGGGCAGAUGGAGGCCGAGGGGCUCCUGGAGAGACUGGAGCAAAGGGUGACAGGGGCUUUGAUGGACUACCUGGACUUCCGGGGGACAAAGGACACAGAGGAGACAGAGGAAAACCUGGACCCCAUGGUCCAGCCGGAGAGCCUGGUCAGAAGGGCUCGGACGGACCCGUAGGACCGAGUGGACAAGCGGGAGAACCUGGGCCAAGAGGACUUGUGGGACCGAGGGGGCCGCCAGGUCCACCUGGGCACCAGGGAGUUCAAGGCAUGGAUGGAAUGCAAGGAGGAAAGGGUGACUUGGGACCACAAGGUGAACCUGGACCUCCGGGUCAACAGGGGAACCCAGGCGUACAGGGCUUCCCUGGUCCACAAGGUCCCAUAGGACUGCCAGGAGAGAAGGGCCCUCAGGGAAAAUCUGGAAUGCAGGGACUUCCAGGGAUUGAUGGUCCUCCAGGUCACCCAGGAAGAGAGGGACCCCCGGGAGAAAAGGGACACCAGGGCUUAUCGGGAGCGCAGGGGCCGGUUGGAUAUCCGGGGCCUCGUGGAGUUAAGGGUGCAGACGGAGUGAGAGGACUGAAGGGUAGCAAGGGGGAAAAGGGUGAAGAUGGUUUUCCAGGGGCAAAGGGUGACAUGGGCCCCAAAGGAGACAGAGGUGAUAACGGUCCUCCUGGAAAUCGUGGUGAAGAUGGGCCAGAGGGGCUGAAGGGUCAGUCGGGGCCCCUUGGAGAGGCUGGAUCUGCGGGGAUUGCCGGAGAAAAAGGAAAACUCGGCGUUCCGGGAUUGCCUGGAUAUCCGGGCAGGCAGGGCACCAAGGGAUCGGUGGGCUUUCCUGGAACAGCUGGGUUGCCGGGAGAGAAAGGAAAGAGGGGGCCUGCUGGACAAUCUGGUCCCGAGGGUGAAAGAGGUCCAAAUGGUUCACGUGGAGGAAGAGGAGCCAGAGGACCAACAGGGAAGCCUGGACCCAAGGGCUCUUCUGGUCAUGACGGCUCACAGGGUCCUUCAGGAGAGAGGGGCCCUCAAGGGCCUCAGGGACGUGAAGGGGAGGCUGGGCCAAAGGGACCAAAUGGCCCUCCAGGAAAGGAUGGGUUGCCAGGUCAUCCAGGCCAGCGGGGAGAGCCAGGAUUUCAAGGAAAGACCGGUCCUCCCGGCCCUGCUGGAGUGGUUGGACCACAGGGAAAAACUGGUGAAACCGGUCCCAUGGGUGAAAGAGGACACCCAGGUGCCCCGGGACCCCCUGGAGAGCAAGGUCUGCCAGGAUCGACCGGCAAGGAGGGAUCCAAGGGAGAUCCGGGUCCUGCAGGGGCACCUGGGAAGAGCGGUCCUGCAGGCCGGCGUGGAUUCGGAGGAGAAAGAGGCUUACCUGGCACUCCGGGUGCUGCCGGGCUAAAGGGUGGAGAGGGCCCUCCUGGUGUUGCAGGACAGAUUGGUCCCACAGGAGAGAGAGGACCAGCCGGCCCCGCAGGUGCCAUUGGUCAGCCCGGUCGUGCGGGAGGCGUCGGCCCACACGGUCCAAUGGGAGAGAAGGGCGAACCGGGUGAGAAAGGUCCUAUUGGGCCUGCCGGGAGAGAUGGAGAACAGGGACCCGUGGGAUUACCUGGACCUGCAGGACCAGCUGGACCACCUGGAGAGGACGGUGAUAAGGGUGAGCCUGGAGGACCAGGACAGAAAGGCAGCAAGGGAGACAAGGGAGAGUUGGGACCCCCAGGGCCAACCGGGAUCCAAGGCCCACCUGGACAGCCAGGAUUACAGGGUCAAGAUGGAGAGCCAGGGCCCCGGGGACAGCAAGGAAUGUUUGGACCGAAAGGAGAUGAAGGGCUACGAGGUUUUAAGGGGGCUGAUGGGCCACCAGGGUUACAGGGAAUGCCAGGACCUCCUGGAGAGAAGGGAGAGAGCGGCCAUGUUGGAUCUUUGGGCCCUCCAGGACAACAUGGCCCACGCGGCCCCCAGGGAGCGAUCGGUGGACAGGGUCCUCAGGGCAUGCCGGGCGGAGUAGGCCAGCCGGGAGUGGUGGGAGAAAAGGGUGAAGACGGAGAGGCAGGGAGCCCAGGAAAUCCGGGCGAAACUGGUCCACCGGGAGGGAAAGGUGAGGUUGGGGAGAAAGGUGAUACUGGUCCUCCUGGUGCCUCAGGACCACCAGGAAUCCGAGGUGUACCUGGAGCGGAUGGAUCUAAAGGACUCCCGGGUCCCAUUGGAUUCCCUGGAGACCUAGGAGCCCCUGGAGAGCCGGGUGCUAAUGGUAUUGAUGGUGAACCUGGAGCCAAAGGAGAUAGUGGAGAGCCUGGAAAAGCUGGACCCGAAGGAGCAUCAGGAGAGCCUGGCCCUCCAGGACCACUUGGACGGAGAGGUCAUGGAGGUCCUGAGGGAAAAGAAGGAAAACAGGGAAAGAAAGGCGCAAAGGGUACUGCUGGUACUGAAGGUCCAAUGGGUAAGACGGGACCUGUGGGGCCUCAAGGACGCCCUGGAAAUGCCGGUCCAGAGGGACUACCUGGAAUUCCAGGCCCUGCUGGGGAGCAAGGGUUAAAUGGGCCCCCGGGCCAAACGGGACCUCCUGGACCUAUGGGGCCAGCUGGAUUACCCGGACUGAAAGGAGAUCAUGGCACUAAGGGGGAUAAGGGUCACGGUGGACUGAUUGGAUUAAUUGGACAUCCAGGAGAAAUAGGAGAAAAAGGCGAUCGGGGUCUGCCAGGAAUUCAGGGAGUACAGGGCCCUAAAGGAGACGGUGGUGUUUCUGGUCCUCCUGGUCCUAAUGGCCCUCCUGGAAUCCCUGGAUUAGCUGGUGCGAUUGGUGAGAAAGGAUCUAAAGGAGAUGAGGGAGUCGUCGGUCUGAGAGGAGAUCCAGGACCUGCCGGACCACCCGGACCACCAGGUCCUCCAGCCACCAUAAUCGAGCCACUGCCAAUGAGAGAGGGGCGUAAAAAGCGAAGGAGAAACUCAAACAGACAGGAUGGUGGAGUCAGAACAGAGUCCGAGGAGGAAGAAGCGGUUCAGCUGAACAUGGAGGACUACCUACAGGCAGAUGAAGCUCUGGAUGACCCAGAGGGCAUGGAGGAGGUGUUCGCUUCACUCAACUCCAUGAAAACAGAAGUGGAGCUCAUGAGAAAACCGCUCGGGACUUUCGAGAGUCCUGCUCGCACUUGCAAGGAGCUGAUGGUGUGUCAUCCGGAAUAUAAAGAUGGUGAAUAUUGGAUCGAUCCGAAUCAAGGCUGCAAUCGAGACUCCAUCAGGGUGUUCUGCAACUUCACCUCAGAGGGGGAGACCUGCCUGCACCCCGACAAGCGGUUUGAAACGGUGAAGCUGGCUGCUUGGAACAAAGAAAAACCGGGCAGUUGGUACAGCCAGUAUAGAAAGGGCAAGCAGUUCUCCUACAUCGAUGCUGAUGGAAACCCUGUGCCCGUGGUCCAGCUGACCUUCCUGAAGCUCCUGAGUGCCACAGGCAGGCAGACCUUCACCUACACCUGCCAGAACUCCAUCGGCUGGUACGACCUGACGAGUCACGGCCACCAGCAUGCCGUGCGCUUCCGCGGAAGCAACGACGAGGAGAUGACGCAAGCCAAAUCCCCCUUCAUCACAUCACUGUACGAUGGUUGUCAGACGCGAAAGGGUCAAGAAAGGACAGUGCUGCAGAUCGACUCUCCUCGAUCAGAGCUGCUGCCGGUCGUGGAUGUAGCCGUAUCAGACUUUGGGAGUAACAACCAGAAAUUUGGAUUCCAUCUUGGCCCAGUGUGUUUUAAUGGGUAACACCAAACACCUCAUCACAGGACUGAAGAAUAAAAGCCAUGAGCUACAGUAUAUUUAUUAUGUAUGUAAUAUGUGGGCGUUUAUAAUGACUUUUGAACAUCGAAUGCAAGCCACAAUUAACCCAAGUGGCUAUUCAAGGGUGCUAGCCUCACAUUUCUCAAAGGGAAGUCUUUCAUCUUUUAAUUUUCUUUUGUUAUCAUUUUUCGGUUUUGCUUUAUACUCACCUGUGGAUUCAUUUACGAGGCCCGAACCCACCACAGUUCAAAGAACUGCUUCAAGCACGACAUGGAAAAACUAAUUCCCGCCUCGAAUUUUUUAUCUGUGCUACAGACCUUUUUAGCCCACGGCGUAGUUGUUGGAUUUCCAAGCAUAUCUUGUUUAUUUGUCUUAUUCGAUAGCGAUGAUUUUGAAUUAAUUUGCCACUCUAAGGAUCGGCAUCACCACUGAAGAGUAGAUAUUUUUCUAAACCCCAUUUUCCUGCCUCGACUGCAACGAGAUGCCAUCGGAGGCAAAGUUAUACCUCUUCACCAGUUUUGACAAGAAAAUACGCCCCGGUCUAUUUGUAAUUCUCAGCUCGAAUAUUUCGUGUCACAUCAAACUUGCAGUGUUACUCAUCUUUAAUCAGUGUACGCGCAUGCAUAAACAAUGUUAAAUAAGGCCGCAGCUUUUCGAAACGCGGGACUCUAAUGGAGCCCAGCUGCUUAUUAAUAUGUAAAGUAGUGCGUUCACUUAAGCUGUUUGUCUUGUUAGCGGGCCGUCUAGUAUGUUUGCCUGUCAGUAAUUCAUGUUUUGGUGGUGCUAGUCUAUCAACUGUACUUCACACAGCUGAGUUGCUUCAUAUGUAUCUGGUAAUAAAUGCCGAUGACAUUGGUGGAUGUGAGCGACAGUGUCAUACUAGCAUUAGGGGCCAAUCACACCAAACGCGUUUUAAAUGCAGAAACUUAAAUAAGAGGAUGCUUGCACUUACCUUAAUCGAGAGGUGCACAAACACGCAGGAGAGAGCGAGUGAAUGCAGUCUCCGGUUGUUCCAAACAACAAUAAACUUCUGUCACCACAACGGAAAGCCCGCCUCUCCUCUCAUUCAAUUGGACAGUGAAAAGACGCGAAUGACGUCAGGUGUUUUUCCGCUUUCAGUGCUCCUUCAAAAAACGCGUGCUGUGGCAUAAGCAGCGCGCAUAACAUUCACUGCCUAUCAUUCAAAAAAGUCGCCUGCAACGGCCAUAAAAGCGUUUGGUGUGAUCGGACCCUUAAACUAAUAACCCUGCUAUGAAACAGCUUGAACCAGCCUAAGCUGGUUUGUUUGGUCUAGCUGGUCUCCAACCCUUGUCAGACUGACCUUUUGUCAGGUUUAAAAUGGGUUUUAGGCACUUGGUAACACGACAGGCUUGAUAGACCAGCUAAGCCAAUAUGAGUAAAUCAAGCUUUAUUUUUUUGUACAAGCUUAUUUACAUGAAUUUGCGAUUAGUUUGAUAUCUUAGUCAUUAAAGCCACAAUAUGUAAGAUUUUUGUAAUAAAUGAUCCAAUAACCACUUACACAGUGUGAUAUAUUUAAUAAGGUCACCAUACGUGCCACGUGUCCUGGCCAGGAUUUCUGGUGUGUCUUCCGCAAGUCAUAUUUGUUGAAGAAUAAAACUACAAUGAUUGUUUUUAACUGAAAUGUGAGAACAUCGAUGACGUAUGCAGUCGACAAAAAGGACUUCCGGGAAGAUGCACCCGAAAUCCUGGCAGGGACGCAUCCCGGAAAAAUGGCGCCCUAAUAUUUAAUGCAGUCGUGUACAUUAUCCCAAAAGUUCCCAAGCAUUUGUCAAUCCAAAGAACUUCCUGUUUUAAAUAUUGUCUUGUCCCUUGUCUUCCUUGUAAAUCUCUAGCCUGGUCCAACCAGACUCUCGUACAUUCAUUUCAUUUGUACAGUCUGGCCACGCUCCAUUGCAAAGUGUUACUUCCGUUAAGGAGGGUCCUCUGUUGAAGUUUAAAACUAUUGGAUCUUCCCAGAGUCACUCUGAAUCUGCCAUAACCAAUCGCUAACGUUUGGUCGUGACGUAUGUCAUGCGCAUAGGCUUAGCACCACUAGCGUUAGCCAUUUCCUUCACCACUAAAGGAGCGAGCUGGAAAAUCAAACUUUUUCCGAACCCCGUGGGGAGGAGGACCACAACGUCAUGGCCACCAACAAAACUUAGCAAAGCUUGUUCUUGCUCCGGCUGUUAUUUUCUGGAUAUUCGGCAGCGUUGCCACAACGGACCUAAUAGCAUUGCUCGCAUCUUUUCCCGCAGCCAUUACUGAACUACAAAUCAGUCCGGCGCACGACCUUAACGUCAUCUUUUUUAGCCACCUCCCUCUGUUCGCUGAUUGGACCUGCAUAUUUUUGCCGGAGAAACCGAAACUCUUCACAGCAGUCCCAGACGUUGUACUGAAGCUAAAUGAAAUUUAAGCGGAAUCAUGUAGGAGGGCGGAGCCAGGCUAGUAGUUCUCAUCCUUUUGGCAAAACAAGUGGACCAACGCAAAAGUGGAGGUUAUAGCAUCUAGCUAAUUCAUUACGAUGGCAUCAAAUAAUGUGAUCAAACGUCCAGGUAAAAAACAUUAAAUAAUGACCUCAUUCAUUAAAAUGAUUAUUGAAUUCCAUACCUGAAAAGAACAUCUCCCAUCAUCCCAUUCUCCUUCAUAACGCCUUUAAAGGGACAUUCCCCUUUUUUCCAGCUCCCCUAGAGUUAAACACUUGAUUUCUAUUGUUUUGGAAUCCAUUCAGCUGAUCUCCGGGUCUGGUGCUACCACUUUUAGCAUAGCUUAGCAUAAUCCAUUGAAUCUUUUUAGACAAUUAGCAUCGCGCAAAAAAAUAUAGAGUUUCGAUAUUUUUCCUAUUUAAAACUUUACUUUUCUGUAGUUAUAUCGUGUACUAAGACCGACGGAAAAUUUUAAUAAAAGUUGUGAUUUUUCUAGGCCGAUAUGGCUAGGAACUAUACUCUCAUUCUGGCGUUAUAAUCAAAGACUUUGCUGCCGUAACCUGGCUGCAGCAGGCGCAAUGAUAUUACGGCCUUUGUUAUUGUUUAAUAGCGGCCUCUAUUGGUAAAAAUCUUACAUAUUGUGGCUUUAACCUCAGAUUGUUCCUAUUUCUAAUUCUGUUUUGCAGUGUACAUGUGUUGAUAUGUUGUCUUGUUUAUUGUGUUCAAAAUGUGUUAUACUGUGGUGCUAAAGAGAUAUUUUUUGUUGCUGUGUUUAUUGUUAAAUUGUCUUCUCAGGAGUAGGUAAAGGGAAGAGGACACCUGUGGUGCUAAAGAGUUAUACAAAACGAUAGAAAAAAUACUUAGAAGAAAAUCAAAUGCUGUCAUGUACAGCCAUUAUGGUGCUUAUCUAGUGGCAACCAAUAUAUUUUUUCAACUAGCAAAUACAAAAGCACAGUAAACAAAAUUUUUCCCCAAUGGCAGCAGACAUCAAAUCUGCCAAGCGGGAAGUUGUGGGUCACCCAAAAAGCAGAUGUGUAUCGGUUUAUCACUAGUCUUGUUUUUAUAUUAACUUCAAUCCCUCCUGACCUCUGACCUCUCUUGUGUACAGUGUCUUUGCUACAAGUUUUUACAUAGUGUACAGUUAUUCUAAAGUAUGAAUGUUGGUAAUAAUCUGUUGCCUGUCUAUUGUAUUUGUGAAAAAGCGAUGAGUGAAUUAAAAAGAACAAUUCUUUAAAAGA